AUGGAGCUGGACUAUAAAAAUCCUGACAAGAAAUAUGAACUCUUAUCUUUAUCUGUGUUAAAUUAUUUUGAGUUAUGUUUUCUCGUAACGUUUGCGUACGUUUGUGUUCGCCGUCAGAUCUGUGUGGAGAAGUGUCCAGACCGCUUUAUUGCUCUGAUGCAAGCCCAGAAGACGGUGGAUAUGGCUUACUACAAAUCGUACUGCGUGGGAGACGUGGAUGUUUCCAAUAUGGCAGCGACGGAAAUCCUGAAGGACGGGCUUUGUCCCUCGAUGCUCCUUCCCAGCAAACCCGUGACCCGCAGGUGCUUCCCUGCUUUUGGCGAAAAGAACGGAGUCCUCGUCGUGGGCAACAACACCCAAUUCAGUGACCAACAAGGGACAACCAUAAAUGCCGUUGACCUUGUCAAUGGUGCCAGGAAUGCUACAAUAGUUAAAGAGGCCCGACAACUGGCCAUGAAGAUCUUCCAAGAUUACACUCAAUCCUGGUACUGGAUACUCAUUGGGUUGGUGGUGGCCAUGAUAAUCAGCCUCGUCUUCAUCGUUCUCCUGCGCUUCCUGGCGGGAGUGAUGGUGUGGGUUAUGAUCGUCAUGGUCAUCCUGCUCAUCGGCUAUGGCAUCUUUCACUGCUACAUGGAGUACGCCAGCCUGAAGGACCAGCAGGGAGCCAACAUCACCCUUAAAGAGUUGGGCCUCCAGACUGACCUCACCGUCUACCUGCAGAUCCGCCAGACGUGGCUGGCCUUCAUGAUCGUCCUCUGCAUCGUGGAAGUGGUCAUUAUACUCCUGCUGAUUUUCCUCAGGAAGAGAAUCUGUAUCGCCAUUGCGCUCAUCAAGGAAGCCAGCAGGGCCAUUGGCUAUGUGAUGUCAUCCCUCUUCUACCCUCUCUUGACCUUUGCCCUACUUGCGGUGGUGAUCGCGUACUGGGCUGUCACUGCCAUCUUCCUGUCCACUUCCAACGAGGCGGUCUAUAAAGUGUUCAACGACACGGCGUGCAGUUACUCUCGGCAGACCUGCAGUCCGGAGAACUUCAGCACUUCUCUGGUCAAAGCCACGUGUCCCAGCGCCAAGUGCCUGUUUGCCUUUUACGGGGGCGAGAGUCCUUACCACAAAUAUCUGAUCGUGCUUCAGUUCUACAACCUCUUCCUCUUCUUCUGGUGUGCCAACUUCGUGACGGCACUGGGUCAGAUGACCUUGGCUGGUGCCUUUGCCUCCUACUAUUGGGCCUUCAAGAAGCCGGAUGACAUGCCUGCAUUCCCCAUAUUCGCAUCCUUGGGCCGAGCACUCAGGUACCACACUGGCUCUCUUGCCUUCGGUUCCCUGAUCCUGGCCAUCAUCCAAGUGAUCCGGGUUCUGCUGGAGUACCUGGACCACAAGCUGAAAGGAGCCCAGAACAGAUGCGUGAAGUUUCUGCUUUGCUGCCUGAAGUGUUGCUUCUGGUGCCUGGAGAAGUUCAUCAAGUUCCUCAACAGAAAUGCUUAUAUCAUGGUGGCGUUAUAUGGUAAAAACUUUUGCACCUCGGCGCGGGACGCUUUCUUCCUCCUGAUGAGAAACGUAAUCAGGGUUGCUGUGCUGGACAAAGUAACGGACUUCCUGUUGUUUUUAGGCAAGCUUCUUAUUGUUGGAGCCGUGGGGAUACUUUCUUUCUUCUUCUUCUCCGGGAAGAUAAAGGGAACUGACAAUGUGGUGCCACAUCUCAACUAUUACUGGGUUCCCAUACUGACACUGGUCGUGGGCUCCUACCUUAUUGCACAUGGUUUCUUCAGCGUUUACGCCAUGUGUGUGGACACACUCUUCCUCUGUUUCUUGGAAGACCUGGAGAGGAAUGACGGCAGUCCGGAACGUCCUUACUUGAUGUCCGAUAACCUUCUCAAAGUGCUCAAGAAGAAGAACAGCAGUGCGGAGGGCCAGUGAGGGGAACGGCCCGGAGUGGGUGGCACGGCUCCCAGUUACGGGGGGCGGCUCCUCGCUGCAUGGCUGCCAUAGGAUUCGUUUGGUCUCCCAUCUCAAGAACUGCCUCUUCUCCAAAGAUGUAAGUGUCCUUUUGGGCACAGUGACGCUGGAUAGUUAAGUAAUUGUCUUUUCUUAAAAUAUACUGCACAUUAGUGAAGGUUUUUGGGAGUCUGUAUAUAGCCAGGAAAAUGUUUUCUAUAAGCCUAUGCAAUGUAGAAGCAAUAUGAGCCAAACCUAUCUACCGGGGGAGCAAGAACGUGGACCGUCUGCGGCUGCCCGAGGACCGGAAAACAAAGAAAAGAACAAUCUGAUCAUUUUAUCCAUGACACAAUGCUGUUUUUAUACAAGGAUCGUGAGGUUUUCUGGUUUUUUCCCACCAGAUAAGUUACAUAACCACUGCCAGGUCAUUAUUUUAUGAUACUUGGAUUCAUCAGGUUUUACUUGAGCUGUAGGUUUUUUGCUGGAUGGACACAUUUUUAACCAUUUCCUAAGAAGCAUUAUACUAUUGUCAAAUAAUUUGUAACUUGCUUCUAGUGCUAUGCAAUUUGUUGGAAUAAAUGCUAACAUGGAAUACCAAACAUUUAUAUAUAAAUGUAUGUUACUUAGGUAACUUUAAAUUUUUUUCCUUUUUUUACCAGUGUGUUUUGUUGGUUUCAGUACAGUGGCCUGUAAGUUGUUGUGUUAAUUCUGAUAUAAAAAUUUUAAAUAAAUUUCUACAUACCUUCAGUA